AUGUUAUUUCGAAAAGACCCAUGUGGAAUUAUUUGUGUUUUAUUGACAUAUUUAAUGCUUUUGCAUUGUCUUUAUGUUGUUCUUUUUGUUCUGAUCCUACCAUUAUUAAAUGAAAGUUUAUUUGGAACAUUGAAUGCUUUGAUUAUUUGUACACUUAUUUUUCUAUCAAUUCUUUCACAUGCUCGUGCAGCAUAUUCGGAUCCAGGUUUUGUAUCAUUACCGAAAAAAGGACUUGAUUUUUCUGAUGUGAAUACAAAUGCUAGUACUAACAAUCUUUUAAAACAAUCGAUGGAACAUAAAACAAAUAAAUAUGAUUUCUGUUUUAGAUUGGAUCAUCAUUGUCCAUGGAUAAAUAAUUGUGUUGGUGAAUUUAAUCAAAAAUAUUUUAUUUUAUUUCUUUUCUAUAUUGGAUUGACAAGUCUUUAUGUCGUAUCAUUUAUUAUCUGGUCAUUAAUUAUUUUUCCAAAUAAAUCUGAAGCUCAAAUUAUUCACUCUAUAGUUCUAUGUAUUGAAUCAUGUUUAUUUGGUAUAUUUGUUAUAACAGUAUUUGUUGAUCAAAUACAAUCAAUAAUAAAUGAUCGCAGUUUAAUCGAUGCAUUAAAAUUAGAUGAAAGUUCUCGAACGUCACAACGCACAUUACCACCAAAACGUGUUCUAUUUCAAAAUAUAUUUGGUUCUGGUCCAAUGAUAUUAUGGUUAUUUCCAUGUGAUUUGAAAAGUUCUAAUAAAAUCACUGAUUCACAAGACACGUACAAUGUUUGA